AUGGUUCGAAGGCAUAAGAUUGAGGUGGCAGCUAUUCUUGAACCUCGAGUAAGUGGUUCAAAAGCAAAACAGAUAAUAAAAAAGCUGGGUUUUAAUAAUUCAAUAGUGGAGGAUGCUCAUGGAUUUACGGGAGGUCUUUGGUUACUAUGGAAUAAUGAUAGGUGUCAGGUUCAAGCAUUAAAACAGACCCAUCAAUUUAUUCAUGUUCGUGUUACAUUGGCAGAUCAUCAAGCUUUUCUUUAUACUGUUAUCUAUGCAAGUCCUAGAGAAGAAAUUCGGAAGAGACUUUGGGAUGAUUUACUUCAGUUAUCAGAAGAUAUCUCGGUUCCUUGGUUAAUUGCAGGUGAUUUUAAUGAAAUUGCCUUUCCAAGUGAGAAACGUGGUGGUUCUCCAAUUGAUACUAGCAGAUGUAAUAAAUUUUCUUCUCUUCUAACUGAUAUAAAGAUGAUUGAUCUUGAAGGAAUAGGCCAGGUUCAAGUGCUUCCUCGUAUUAACAGUGACCAUAAUCCUAUCCUUAUUACCUUAGAGCCAAGCAAAGUUGAUGGGGUGGAACGCCCUUUCCGUUUUCAUUCUUUUUGGUUGGAUCAUCAAUUUUUUAACAAUUUCAUCAAGGAAAACUGGCGUCAGGAUCAAAGAACAGUUGAUAGUCUUCGUGAUUUCACUCCUCUUAUUAAGCAGUGGAAUAAAGAUGUGUUUGGUAAUAUCCAUCAUAAGAAGAACAUGUUGAUUGGUAGGCUUGAAGGUAUCCAGAGGGCAAUUUCUGAGCAAAAUAAAAGCCAUUUGGAAAAGAUUGAAGCUCAAGGAGAUAGGAAUACAAAGUACUAUCAUACAAAAACAAUUGUUAGACGUAGAAGGAGCAAGAUCUUGGAGUUGAAAGAUGAUGCUGGAAACUUGAUUAGAGAAGAUCACAACAUUGCACGGGUAAUAAAUGCUUACUUCUCUAAACUAUUUUAUGAAGAAAACCAUGAUCGUCCUUGGGUCCAGACUCUUUGGCCAAAGGUGGACGAUGAGACUGCUGUUAACUUAGGUGCUCCAAUUUCAAAAGAUGAGUCAGACGAGCUUUCUUUUCUAUGA